UCAAGAGAGAGGGCACAGGUACAGAGAUGCCCAUGAUUGGGGACCGAGUCUUUGUCCACUAUACUGGCUGGCUAUUAGAUGGCACAAAGUUUGACUCCAGUCUGGAUCGCAAGGACAAAUUCUCCUUUGACCUGGGAAAAGGGGAGGUCAUCAAGGCUUGGGACAUUGCCAUAGCAACCAUGAAGGUGGGGGAGGUGUGCCACAUCACCUGCAAACCAGAAUAUGCCUACGGUUCAGCAGGCAGUCCUCCAAAGAUUCCCCCCAGUGCCACGCUUGUAUUUGAGGUGGAGUUGUUUGAGUUUAAGGGAGAAGAUCUCACAGAAGAGGAAGAUGGCGGAAUCAUUCGCAGGAUACGGACUCGCGGUGAAGGCUAUGCUAAGCCCAAUGAGGGUGCUAUCGUGGAGGUUGCACUGGAAGGGUACUACAAGGACCAGCUCUUUGACCAGCGGGAGCUCCGCUUUGAGAUUGGCGAGGGGGAGAACCUGGAUCUGCCUUAUGGUCUGGAGAGGGCCAUUCAGCGCAUGGAGAAAGGAGAACAUUCCAUUGUGUACCUCAAGCCCAGCUAUGCUUUUGGCAGUGUUGGGAAGGAAAAGUUCCAAAUCCCACCAAAUGCUGAGCUGAAAUAUGAAUUACACCUCAAGAGUUUUGAAAAGGCCAAGGAGUCUUGGGAGAUGAAUUCAGAAGAGAAGUUGGAACAGAGCACCAUAGUGAAAGAGCGGGGCACGGUGUACUUCAAGGAAGGCAAAUACAAGCAAGCUUUACUACAGUAUAAGAAGAUUGUGUCCUGGCUGGAGUAUGAGUCUAGUUUUUCCAGUGAGGAAGCACAGAAGGCACAGGCCCUUCGACUGGCCUCUCACCUCAACCUGGCCAUGUGUCAUCUGAAACUACAGGCCUUCUCUGCGGCCAUCGAAAGCUGUAACAAGGCCCUAGAACUGGACAGCAACAAUGAGAAGGGCCUCUUCCGCCGGGGAGAGGCCCACCUGGCCGUGAAUGACUUUGAACUGGCACGGGCUGAUUUCCAGAAGGUCCUGCAGCUCUACCCCAACAACAAAGCCGCCAAGACCCAGCUGGCUGUGUGCCAGCAGCGGAUCAGAAGGCAGCUUGCCCGGGAGAAGAAGCUCUAUGCCAAUAUGUUUGAGAGGCUGGCUGAGGAGGAGAACAAGGCCAAGGCAGAGGCCUCCUCAGGAGACCACCCCACUGACACAGAGAUGAAGGAAGAGCAGAAGAGCAACACGGCAGGGAGCCAGUCUCAGAUAAGAAAACCAAGACUCAGAAGUUAAAUGGAAAGGUAUGCCUGAAAUGGGAGGUCUCUGAACUAAUCCAGAUUCUCCCAUGAGGUUCAUUUGGCUGUGGGCAAGUCUUGAGCUUCUUUCCUCAUCUGCAAAAAUUGAAAGCAUUCCUAAGGUUUCUUCCAGCUCUGCAUCCUGUAGGAUUCCAAGAAUGCAAAACUGCAUUUAACUGUGGAACGUUUAGAGAUAAGUCUUAGUUUACGUAACAUUAAAACUGUCUAGUGAGGA